CAUAUUAUUAUUGUAUGGCUCCUUGUAGGCCGAUGGUACCACACAGAGUAAGCUGCCAUGUCACAGAGUCUGUCCCUUUUUGAUGUCCUGUCUAGGUGUUGGUGGAUUGUCUCACCCCCCUCCUGCCCUCCCCACUGACAGCAGCUUUGACUCCCUCUUUAAAGAGUUCACCAGCUUCAUGUUUGGCUCAGAGGAGAGACGGGUGUCCUCUCCAGAGCUCCAGGACUCGUCUGGAUACCAGUAUGGGGAAGUGAUGCUGACAGCGGACAGAGGGGUGUUCCUGCUGCCAGCGGCUGCCAUCACGGCUGACUGUGUGGACAGCAGUCCUGCAGGCUUCCUGAAGGAUCAGAGCAGUGUGUGUUCCCGCCGUGUGACCCUGCAGGAGCACUGCAGUUCCCUGCCCCCCCUCAGCAUGAACACAUACACCGACAUCCAGCUGCUGGCUGGGAAGAAUGAAGACGCAGCAGUUGUUCAUGGGAGGCAUGAGUCACCUCCAUCUCUCUCCCGCUCUAUAAUGUGCAUCAUGAACCACAGCAGGAAAGGCAAAGUGGAGCGCAGUUUCACUCUGACUCACACAACUUUGACCGAAACAAACCACAAGCCCCACCAGUCGGCCUGGAGUCACGCUGAACCGUGA